UCCGGUCACAUGAUCAUUCAGAGACCAGGCACCACGCUGGCUCUCAGCUCUUGCCUGGGGUGCUCAGGAGGGGAGAGGUGGGAGAGGCUUUGCUGCUGAGGAAAUCUGUUUGGUAGAUUGAAGGUUUGGACAAGCGCUACGGAGAGAGAAAAAUUCAUACAAGCCAAUGGUGUUCGGGAAGAAAAUAAGCCUGUUGCCUUGAGUUUGUAGGUGCCACUACUACUCUGGGAAAAUGGCAGAUGACGAAGAAUAUGAGGAGGUGGUGGAGUACUACACGGAGGAGACAGUUUAUGAAGAGGUGCCCGGAGAGACGAUAACAGAAAUCUAUGAAACUACGACAACAAGGACCACAUCUGACUAUGGGCAAUCGGAAACUUCCAAACCAGCGCUGGCGGAGCCAGCACCGGCAAAGCCGGUGGAGAGGAAGAAGGUCAUCCGGAAGAAAGUGGAUUCUUCAAAGUUCAUGACCCCCUACAUUGCACACAGUCAGAAAAUGCAGGAUCUUUUCAGCUCAAAUAAAUACAAGGAGAAUUAUGAGAAAGCAAAAGGACAGCCAUAUGCCAGCACAUCCGAUACCCCAGAACUUCGCAGAAUCAAGAAAGUACAAGAUCAACUCAGUGAGGUUAAGUAUCGAAUGGAUGGCGAUGUUGCUAAAACUAUUUGUCACGUAGAUGAAAAAGCAAAAGAUAUUGAACAUGCAAAGAAAGUGUCGCAGCAAGUCAGUAAGGUUUUAUACAAGCAGAACUGGGAAGACACCAAGGAUAAGUACCUGCUUCCCCCUGAUGCCCCUGAACUUGUCCAGGCCAUUAAGAACACAGCCAUGUUCAGUAAGAAACUUUACACUGAAGAUUGGGAAGCAGACAAAAGUUUGUUUUACCCAUAUAACGACAGCCCGGAACUGAGGAGGGUCGCCCAAGCCCAGAAAGCGCUCAGUGAUAUUGUCUACAAAAAGGGUCACGCUGAACAGCAGACUCAGUUCACAUCUCUAGCCGAUCCUCCAGAUAUAGAAUUUGCCAAGAAAGUAACCAAUCAAGUGAGCAAGCAAAAAUACAAAGAAGACUAUGAAAAUAAAAUCAAAGGCAAAUGGAGCGAGACGCCUUGCUUUGAAAUUGCAACUGCCAGAAUGAACGCUGAUAACAUCAGCACUAGAAAAUACCAGGAAGAUUUUGAGAGCAUGAAAGACCAGAUUUACUUCAUGCAGACUGAAACACCAGAGUAUAAAGUGAAUAAGCAAGCUGGGGUGGCAGCUAGCAAGGUGAAAUACAAAGAAGACUAUGAAAAGAAUAAAGGAAAAGCAGACUAUAAUGUACUUCCUGCUUCGGAGAAUCCACUGCUCAGGCAGCUGAAGGCAGCAGGAAAUGCCCUAAGUGAUAAACUAUACAAGGAAAACUAUGAAAAGACAAAAGCGAAGAGCAUAAAUUACUGUGAGACCCCCAAAUUUCAACUUGACACAGUUCUUCAGAACUUCAGUAGUGAUACUAAAUAUAAAGAUUCCUACUUAAAGAACAUUUUGGGACAUUAUGUAGGCAGCUUUGAGGAUCCCUAUCAUUCACACUGCAUGAAAGUCACAGCUCAAAACAGUGAUAAAAACUACAAGGCAGAGUAUGAAGAGGACAGAGGCAAAGGCUUCUUCCCCCAGACCAUAACUCAGGAAUACGAAGCUAUCAAGAAACUGGAUCAGUGUAAAGAUCACACCUACAAAGUCCACCCAGAUAAGACAAAAUUCACUCAAGUUACGGACUCUCCUGUUAUGCUGCAAGCUCAAGUCAAUUCCAAACAACUGAGUGAUCUUAAUUAUAAAGCAAAACAUGAAAGUGAGAAGUUCAAGUGCCAUAUACCACCAGAUACUCCUGCCUUUAUCCAGCACAGAGUCAAUGCCUAUAAUCUGAGUGAUAAUGCCUAUAAGCACGACUGGGAGAAGAGCAAAGCUAAGAAGUUUGACAUUAAAGUGGAUGCCAUUCCCUUGCUGGCAGCCAAAGCCAACAGCAGGAACGUCAGUGAUGUGAUGUACAAGAAGGACUAUGAAAAGAGCAAGGGGAAAAUGGUCGGAGCCCUCAGCAUUAACGAUGACCCCAAGAUGCUGCACUCCUUGAAGACGGCCAAAAACCAGAGUGACAGAUUGUACAAAGAAAACUAUGAGAAGACGAAGGCAAAGAGCAUGAACUAUUGUGAGACCCCUAAAUACCAACUAGACACUCAGCUGAAGAACUUCAGUGAGGCUAAAUAUAAAGACUUAUAUGUAAAGAAUAUUUUGGGACAUUAUGUAGGCAGCUUUGAGGACCCAUAUCAUACACACUGCAUGAAAGUUGCAGCUCAAAACAGUGACAAAAGUUACAAAGCAGAAUAUGAAGAAGAUAAAGGGAAGUGCUAUUUCCCUCAGACAAUAACACAAGAAUAUGAAGCAAUCAAGAAGCUAGACCAAUGUAAAGAUCACACCUACAAAGUUCAUCCAGAUAAGACCAAAUUCACGGCGGUCACGGAUACUCCUGUACUAUUGCAAGCCCAGCUCAACACAAAACAACUUAGCGAUCUGAAUUACAAAGCAAAGCACAAAGAUGAGAAGUUCAAGUGCCAUGUCCCAGCAGAUGCUCCAGAGUUUAUCCAACAUAGAGUGAAUGCCUAUAACCUGAGUGAUAAUAUCUAUAAGCACGACUGGGAGAAGAGCAAAGCUAAGAAGUUUGACAUUAAAGUGGAUGCCAUUCCCUUGCUGGCAGCCAAAGCCAACAGCAGGAACGUCAGUGAUGUGUUGUACAAGAAGGACUAUGAAAAGAGCAAGGGGAAAAUGAUCGGAGCCCUCAGCAUUAACGAUGACCCCAAGAUGCUGCACUCCUUGAAGACAGCCAAAAACCAGAGUGACCGUGAAUAUCGUAAAGACUAUGAAAAAUCAAAAACCAUCUACACAGCCCCUCUUGAUAUGCUCCAAGUCACUCAAGCCAAGAAAUCUCAGGAGAUCGCCAGUGACGUGGACUAUAAGCAUAUCUUACACAAUUACAGCUACCCUCCCGACAGCAUCAAUGUGGACCUGGCCAAGAAGGCCUAUGCGCUGCAGAGUGAUGUUGAAUACAAAGCUGACUACAACAGCUGGAUGAAAGGCUGUGGCUGGGUGCCUUUUGGGUCCUUAGAAAUGGAAAAGGCAAAGCGAGCUUCAGACAUCCUUAAUGAGAAAAAAUACCGCCAACAUCCAGACACGCUGAAGUUCACCCCAAUCGAAGAUGCCCCGAUCACAGUGCAGUCUAAGAUUAACCAGGCCCAGAGGAGUGAUAUCGCUUACAAAGCCAAAGGGGAGGAAAUCCUUCACAAGUACAGCCUGCCAGCGGACCUGCCACAAUUCAUUCAGGCAAAAGUCAAUGCCUACAAUAUCAGUGAGAAUAUGUACAAGGCAGACUUAAAGGAUUUAAGCAAGAAGGGAUAUGACCUGAGAAUCGACGCAAUUCCCAUCAAAGCUGCCAAAGCUGCCAGGCAGGCUGCGAGUGAUGUUCAAUACAAAAAAGAUUACGAGAAAGCUAAGGGGAAAAUGGUUGGCUUCCAAAGCCUCCAGGAUGAUCCUAAACUGGUUCAUUAUAUGAAUGUGGCCAAGAUACAAUCAGACCGGGAGUACAAAAAAGAUUACGAGAAGACAAAGACCAAAUACAACACACCUCAUGAUAUGUUCAAUGUUGUGGCAGCGAAGAAAGCUCAAGAUGUUGCCAGCAAUGUCAACUAUAAGCAUUCUCUCCAUCAUUACACCUACCUGCCUGAUGCCAUGGACCUGGAGCUGUCCAAAAACAUGAUGCAUAUACAGAGUGAUAAUGUCUAUAAGGAAGACUACAACACCUGGAUGAAAGGCAUUGGCUGGAUACCUAUUGGCAGCCUCGAUGUGGAGAAAGUUAAAAAGGCGGGUGAUGCCCUGAAUGAAAAGAAGUACAGACAACAUCCGGACACCCUCAAGUUUACCAGCAUUGUGGAUUCCCCAGUUAUGGUCCAGGCAAAACAGAACACACAGCAAAUCAGUGAUAUCUUGUACAAAGCUAAAGGAGAAGAUGUAAAACACAAAUAUACUAUGAGUCCUGAUCUUCCUCAGUUCCUCCAGGCCAAGUGCAAUGCUUACAAUUUAAGUGAUGUCUGCUACAAACGGGACUGGCAUGAUUUAAUAGCCAAGGGCAACAAUGUGCUGGGUGAUGCUAUUCCCAUCACUGCGGCCAAGUCAUCAAGAAACAUUGCCAGCGACUAUAAAUACAAGGAAGCUUAUGAGAAGGCAAAAGGAAAGCACGUGGGUUUCAGAAGCCUCCAGGAUGAUCCCAAGCUGGUCCAUUACAUGAAUGUGGCAAAGAUGCAGUCCGAUCGUGAAUACAAAAAGAACUAUGAGAACACCAAAACCAGCUACCAUACCCCCAGAGACAUGGUUAGCAUUACAGCUGCGAAGAUGGCCCAGGAUGUGGCCACCAAUGUCAACUACAAACAGCCAAUCCAUCACUACACAUACCUUCCUGAUGCCCUGAGUGUCGAGCACACGAGGAAUGUGAAUCAAAUUCAGAGUGAUAAUGUGUAUAAGGAUGAGUAUAACAACUUCUUCAAGGGCAUUGGAUGGAUCCCCAUUGGUUCUCUGGAGGUUGAGAAGGUCAAGAAGGCAGGCGACGCAUUAAAUGAGAAGAAAUAUCGACAGCAUCCAGACACCAUCAAGUUCACAAGUGUGCCUGAUUCCAUGGGCAUGGUUUUGGCACAGCAUAACACAAAGCAGCUGAGUGAUUUGAACUACAAGGUGGAGGGUGAGAAAGUGAAACACAAGUACACCAUGGACCCUGAAGUGCCUCAGUUCAUUCAAGCCAGAGUCAACGCCUUCAACCUGAGUGAUGCUCACUAUAAAGCAGACUGGAAGAAAACCCUUGCUAAGGGCUAUGAUUUGAGACCAGAUGCCAUUCCCAUUGUUGCUGCGAAGAGUUCAAGGAAUAUUGCUAGCGACUGCAAAUAUAAGGAGGCCUAUGAGAAAGCCAAAGGCAAGCAAAUUGGAUUUCUCAGUCUUCAGGAUGAUCCUAAACUGGUUCACUACAUGAAUGUGGCCAAAAUACAGUCAGACCGCGAGUACAGAAAGGGCUAUGAAGCCAGCAAGACCAGGUACCACACGCCUUUGGAUAUGCUCAGUGUGACCGCUGCCAAGAAGUCUCAGGAGGUGGCGACCAACGCCAACUACAAGCAGCCCUUCCACAACUACACUCUCCUGCCGGAUGCCUUGCCUGUGGAGCACUCCAGGAACGCCAUGCAGAUCCAGAGCGAUAACCUCUAUAAAUCUGACUUCACCGGCUGGAUGAAAGGGAUUGGCUGGAUCCCAAUACAGUCCCUCGAGGUGGAGAAGGCAAAGAAAGCAGGAGAGAUUCUUAGUGAGAAGAGGUACCGCCAGCACCCCGAGAAGCUGAAGUUCACAUACGCCAUGGACACCAUGGAGCAGGCGCUUAACAAGGCUAACAAACUGAAUAUGGACAAGAGGCUGUACACUAAGAAAUGGGACAAAGAUAAGACCACCAUACACGUCAUGCCCGAUACUCCAGAUAUCCUGCUCUCCAGAGUAAACCAAAUCACCAUGAGUGAUAAACUGUACAGAGCUGGCUGGGAAGAGGAGAAGAAGAAGGGCUAUGAUCUGAGGCCUGAUGCCAUCUCCAUAAAGGCUGCCAAAGCUUCUAGAGACAUUGCCAGUGAUUACAAAUACAAGCAAGCGUAUGAGCAAGCCAAAGGAAAACAUAUUGGAUUCCGCAGCCUGGAAGACGACCCCAAGUUGGUGCACUUCAUGCAGGUGGCCAAGAUGCAGUCAGACCGGGAAUACAAGAAGGCCUAUGAGAAAUCCAAGACCUCCUUCCACACCCCCGUGGACAUGCUCAGUGUGGUAGCAGCCAAGAAGUCCCAGGAAGUGGCCACCAACGCCAACUACAGGAAUGUGAUCCAUACCUACAACAUGCUUCCUGAUGCCAUGGGCUUUGAGUUGGCCAAAAAUAUGAUGCAGAUUCAAAGUGAUAAUCAGUACAAAGCUGACUAUGCUGACUUCAUGAAGGGCAUUGGGUGGCUCCCUCUGGGCUCUCUGGAAGCUGAGAAAAAUAAGAAAGCCAUGGAGAUUAUCAGUGAAAAGAAGUACCGCCAGCAUCCAGACACUUUGAAGUAUUCCACACUGAUGGAUUCAAUGAACAUGGUUUUGGCCCAGAAUAAUGCAAAAAUUAUGAAUGAACACCUCUACAAACAAGCAUGGGAGGCUGACAAGACCAAAGUCCACAUCAUGCCUGAUAUCCCCCAGAUUGUCCUGGCAAAGGCAAAUGCCAUUAAUAUGAGUGAUAAACUCUACAAACUUUCCAUGGAAGAGGCGAAAAAGAAAGGCUAUGAUCUCCGAACUGAUGCAAUUCCCAUCAAAGCGGCCAAGGCUUCAAGAGACAUUGCAAGUGAUUAUAAAUACAAGUACAAUUAUGAAAAGCAGAAGGGGAAAAUGGUUGGCUUCCGCAGUCUUGAAGAUGAUCCCAAAUUAGUCCAUUCCAUGCAAGUGGCUAAGAUGCAAUCUGAUCGGGAGUACAAGAAAAACUACGAGAAGACCAAGACCAGCUACCACACCCCUGCAGACAUGCUCAGUGUCACAGCUGCCAAGGAUGCCCAAGCCAACAUCACAAACACUAACUACAAGCACCUGAUCCACAAGUACAUCCUCCUCCCAGAUGCAAUGAGCCUUGAACUGAGCAGGAAUAUGAAUCGCAUCCAGAGUGAUAAUGAAUAUAAACAGGACUACAAUGAAUGGUACAAAGGACUUGGCUGGAGUCCAGCUGGUUCCCUAGACGUGGAGAAGGCCAAGAAAGCAACUGAAUAUGCCAGUGAUCAGAAAUACCGCCAGCACCCUAGCAACUUCCAGUUUAAGAAGUUGACUGACUCCAUGGACAUGGUGCUUGCCAAGCAGAAUGCACAUACUAUGAACAAGCAUUUAUACACCAUUGACUGGAAUAAAGAUAAAACAAAGAUUCAUGUGAUGCCUGAUACGCCAGAUAUUUUACAAGCUAAGCAGAAUCAAACCCUAUUUAGUCAGAAAUUCUAUAAACUUGGAUGGGAAGAAGCUUUGAAGAAAGGCUAUGAUCUCCCAGUUGAUGCAAUUUCUGUCCAGCUAGCCAAAGCUUCAAGAGACAUUGCUAGUGAUUUUAAAUAUAAACAAGGCUACCGGAAGCAACUUGGCCACCAUGUUGGAUUCCGGAGUUUGCAAGAUGACCCAAAGCUUGUGUUGUCCAUGAAUGUUGCCAAAAUGCAGAGUGAGAGAGAAUACAAGAAGGACUUUGAGAAGUGGAAGACCAAGUUCAGCAGCCCAGUGGACAUGCUGGGGGUGGUGCUGGCCAAGAAGUGCCAGGCCUUGGUCAGCGAUGUGGACUACAAGAACUACCUGCACCAGUGGACCUGCCUGCCUGACCAGAAUGACGUUAUUCAUGCUAAAAAAGCUUAUGAGCUACAAAGUGAGAAUAUGUAUAAGUCUGACCUUGAGUGGCUGAAAGGCAUAGGAUGGAGUCCCUUGGGUUCUUUGGAAGCAGAAAAGAACAAGAGGGCUUCAGAAAUCCUCAGUGAGAAGAAAUAUCGUCAGCCUCCAGACACAAACAAGUUCACCAGCAUUCCUGAUGCCAUGGACAUAGUUCUCGCAAAGACAAAUGCCAAAAAUAGGAGUGAUAGACUUUAUAGAGAAGCAUGGGACAAGGACAAGACUCAAGUCCACAUCAUGCCUGAUACACCUGACAUUAUUUUGGCUAAAGCAAACUUAAUCAAUACAAGUGAUAAACUCUACCGAAUGGGUUAUGAGGAGCUGAAGAAAAAAGGUUAUGAUCUUCCUGUUGACGCCAUACCAAUUAAAGCAGCCAAAGCAUCCCGGGAAAUUGCCAGCGAAUACAAGUACAAAGAAGGCUUUCGCAAACAGCUCGGCCACCACAUUGGAGCCCGGAACAUCAAGGAUGACCCCAAGAUGAUGUGGUCCAUGCACGUGGCCAAGAUCCAGAGUGACAGGGAGUACAAGAAGGACUUUGAGAAGUGGAAGACCAAGUUCAGCAGCCCAGUGGACAUGCUGGGGGUGGUGCUGGCCAAGAAGUGCCAGACGUUGGUCAGUGACAUAGACUACAAGAACUACCUGCACCAGUGGACCUGCCUGCCUGACCAGAAUGACGUCACCCAUGCUCGACAUGCCUAUGAUCUUCAGAGUGAUAAUUUGUACAAGUCUGAUCUUCAGUGGCUGAAAGGCAUUGGCUGGAUACCUACUGGUUCUAUUGAGGAUGAGAAGAACAAAAGAGCAACCCAGAUUUUGAGUGACCAUGUCUACCGGCAGCACCCUGAUAAAUUCAAGUUUUCCAUUCUCAUGGACUCCAUACCAAUGGUUUUGGCAAAAAACAAUGCUACUAAUAUGAACCAUCGCCUGUAUACAGAAGCUUGGGAUAAAGAUAAAACCACUGUCCACAUUAUGCCAGAUACACCUGAAGUUUUACUAGCUAAACAAAACCAAGUGAAUUGCAGUGAGAAAUUAUAUAAACUUGGCCUAGAAGAAACCAAGAGGAAAGGUUAUGAUAUGCGUGUAGAUGCCAUUCCUAUCAAGGCUGCCAAGGCCUCCAGAGAUAUUGCAAGUGAAUUCAAGUACAAAGAAGGCUAUCGUAAGCAACUGGGCCAUCACAUUGGUGCCAGAGCUAUACAUGAUGACCCCAAGAUGAUGUGGUCCAUGCAUGUGGCCAAGAUCCAGAGUGACAGGGAGUACAAGAAGGACUUUGAGAAGUGGAAGACCAAGUUCAGCAGCCCAGUGGACAUGCUGGGGGUGGUGCUGGCCAAGAAGUGCCAGGCCUUGGUCAGCGAUGUGGACUACAAGAACUACCUGCACCAGUGGACGUGCCUGCCUGACCAGAACGACGUCAUGCAUGCCCGGCAGGCCUACGACCUGCAGAGCGACAAUUUGUACAAAUCAGAUCUCCAAUGGUUGAGAGGCAUCGGCUGGGUGCCCAUUGGCUCUUUGGAUGUGGAAAAAUGCAAAAAGGCAACUGAAAUCUUGAGUGAUAAAAUCUAUCGCCAGCCUCCAGACAGAUUCAAAUUUACCAGUGUGACUGAUUCUCUGGAGCAAGUGUUGGCUAAGAAUAAUGCCAUCAACAUGAACAAGCGUUUGUAUACAGAAGCAUGGGACAAGGACAAGACCCAGAUCCAUAUAAUGCCAGACACACCAGAAAUUAUGUUGGCAAGAAUGAAUAAAAUCAACUACAGUGAGAGUCUGUAUAAACUGGCCAAUGAAGAAGCAAAGAAGAAAGGCUAUGACUUGAGGAGUGACGCCAUCCCCAUUGUGGCGGCCAAGGCCUCCAGAGAUAUCGCCAGUGAUUACAAAUACAAAGAUGGUUACCGCAAGCAGCUUGGCCACCACAUUGGAGCACGGGACAUCAAGGAUGACCCCAAGAUGAUGUGGUCCAUGCACGUGGCCAAGAUCCAGAGUGACAGGGAGUACAAGAAGGACUUUGAGAAGUGGAAGACCAAGUUCAGCAGCCCAGUGGACAUGCUGGGGGUGGUGCUGGCCAAGAAGUGCCAGACAUUGGUCAGUGACAUAGACUACAAGAACUACCUGCACCAGUGGACGUGCCUGCCUGACCAGAAUGACGUCAUGCACGCCCGGCAGGCCUAUGAUCUGCAGAGCGACAAUAUUUAUAAGUCCGACCUCCAGUGGCUGAGAGGCAUUGGUUGGGUCCCCAUUGGGUCUCUGGAGGUGGCCAAGUGCAAGAGAGCAGCAGAGAUCCUGAGUGACAACAUCUACCGCCAGCCUCCAGACAAGCUGAAGUUUACCAGCGUGCCUGAUUCUCUGGAACAGGUGCUGGCCAAGAACAAUGCCAUCAACAUGAAUAAGCGUUUAUACACAGAAGCCUGGGACAAAGAUAAAACUCAAAUCCAUAUAAUGCCUGAUACACCAGAAAUCAUGCUAGCAAGGCAGAAUAAGAUCAACUACAGCGAGAGUCUGUAUAAACUGGCCAAUGAAGAAGCAAAGAAGAAAGGCUAUGACUUGAGGAGUGACGCCAUCCCCAUUGUGGCAGCCAAGGCCUCCAGAGAUAUCGCCAGUGACUACAAAUACAAAGAUGGUUACCGCAGGCAGCUUGGCCACCACAUUGGAGCACGGGACAUCAAGGAUGACCCCAAGAUGAUGUGGUCCAUGCACGUGGCCAAGAUCCAGAGUGACAGGGAGUACAAGAAGGACUUUGAGAAGUGGAAGACCAAGUUCAGCAGCCCAGUGGACAUGCUGGGGGUGGUGCUGGCCAAGAAGUGCCAGACGUUGGUCAGUGACAUAGACUACAAGAACUACCUGCACCAGUGGACCUGCCUGCCUGACCAGAAUGACGUCAUGCACGCCCGGCAGGCCUAUGAUCUGCAGAGCGACAACAUUUAUAAAUCUGAUCUCCAGUGGUUGAGAGGCAUUGGUUGGGUCCCCAUUGGGUCUGUGGAUUUGGUCAAGUGCAAGAGAGCGGCAGAGAUCCUGAGUGACAACAUCUACCGCCAGUCUCCAGACAAGCUGAAGUUCACCAGCGUGACUGAUUCUCUGGAACAGGUGCUGGCCAAGAACAAUGCCAUCAAUAUGAACAAGCGCUUAUACACAGAAGCCUGGGACAAAGACAAGACUCAGAUCCAUAUGAUGCCUGACACACCUGAAAUUAUGUUGGCAAGACAAAAUAAAAUGAAUUACAGUGAGAAUUUCUAUCGUCAGGCCAUGGAAGAAGCCAAGAAAGAAGGCUAUGACUUGAGAAGUGACGCCAUCCCCAUUGUGGCUGCCAAGGCCUCCCGGGAUAUUGCCAGUGAUUACAAAUACAAAGAAGCUUAUCGUAAGCAGUUGGGCCACCACAUUGGUGCCCGAGCUAUACAUGAUGACCCCAAGAUGAUGUGGUCCCUCCAUAUUGCCAAAGUGCAGAGUGACCGUGAGUACAAGAAAGAAUUUGAGAAGUACAAGACAAGGUACAGCAGCCCAGUGGACAUGCUCGGUAUUGUUUUGGCCAAAAAAUGUCAGACCUUGGUCAGUGAUGUGGACUACAAAAAUCUUCUGCAUGAGUGGACCUGCCUGCCUGAUCAGAAUGAUGUCAUUCAAGCCCGGAAAGCUUAUGACCUCCAGAGUGACAAUCUGUAUAAGUCAGACCUGGAAUGGUUGAGAGGCAUUGGCUGGGUUCCCAUUGGUUCUUUGGAAGUUGUCAAAGCCAAGAGGGCUACAGAGAUACUGAGUGAUAACCUCUACCGGACACGACCAGACACGUUGAAAUUUACCAGCGUAACUGACUCUCUGGAGCAGGUGCUAGCCAAGAACAAUGCAAUAAACAUGAAUAAGCGCUUAUAUACUGAAGCCUGGGAAAAUGACAAGAAAACAAUCCAUGUCAUGCCUGAUACACCAGAAAUAAUGUUAGCCAAGCUCAACAAAAUAAACUACAGUGAUAAACUCUAUAAACUGGCCUUGGAAGAGUCCAAGAAGGAAGGCUAUGACUUGCGUGUGGAUGCCAUUCCCAUCCAAGCAGCCAAGGCAUCGAGGGACAUAGCCAGUGAUUACAAGUACAAGGAAGGCUACCGCAAGCAGCUCGGCCACCACAUUGGAGCCCGGAACAUCAAGGAUGACCCCAAGAUGAUGUGGUCCAUGCACGUGGCCAAGAUCCAGAGUGACAGGGAGUACAAGAAGGACUUUGAGAAGUGGAAGACCAAGUUCAGCAGCCCAGUGGACAUGCUGGGGGUGGUGCUGGCCAAGAAGUGCCAGAUCCUUGUAAGCGACAUAGACUACAAGCAUCCCCUUCACGAAUGGAUCUGCCUGCCUGACCAGAAUGAUGUGAUUCAGGCCCGGAAGGCCUACGACCUGCAGAGUGAUGCUGUUUACAAGGCUGAUCUUGAGUGGCUCAGAGGCAUUGGCUGGGUUCCCAUUGGCUCUGUAGAGGUUGAGAAGGUGAAACGAGCCGGAGAAAUCCUGAGUGACAGGAAGUAUCGCCAGCCUGCAGACAAGCUCAAAUUCACAAGCAUUACAGACACCCCAGAAAUUGUUCUGGCCAAGAGUAAUGCCCUGACAAUGAGCAAGCAUUUAUACACAGAAGCUUGGGAUGCUGACAAAACCUCUAUCCAUGUGAUGCCAGACACCCCGGAAAUCUUGUUGGCCAAGAGCAAUUCUGCCAAUAUCAGCCAAAAACUUUACACCAAGGGAUGGGAUGAGUCAAAGAUGAAGGACUACGACCUAAAAGCAGAUGCUAUUCCCAUCAAAAGUGCCAAGGCCUCCAGGGACAUCGCCAGUGAUUACAAAUACAAAGAAGCAUACGAGAAACAGAAGGGCCACCACAUUGGAGCUCAGAGCAUUGAAGAUGAUCCCAAGAUCAUGUGUGCCAUCCAUGCGGGGAAGAUUCAAAGUGAAAGGGAGUACAAGAAGGAAUUCCAGAAGUGGAAGACCAAAUUCACUAGUCCAGUGGACAUGUUAGGCAUCGUGCUGGCCAAAACAUGUCAGACUCUGGUCAGUGAUGUUGAUUAUCGCAAUUACCUGCAUAACUGGACAUGCUUGCCAGAUCAAAAUGACAUUAUCCAAGCAAAGAAGGCCUACGAACUGCAAAGUGAUAAUGUGUAUAAAGCUGACCUGGAGUGGCUGCGUGGCAUUGGGUGGAUGCCGGAAGGCUCCGUGGAAAUGAACAGAGUGAAGGGAGCUCAGGACCUCCUGAAUGAGAGACGCUACAGAACGCGACCGGAGGCCGUGAAAUUCACUAGCAUCGUUGACACUCCAGCAGUUGUCCUGGCAAAAGCCAAUUCUCUGCAAAUGAGUGAGAGGCUGUAUCAAGAGGCCUGGAACAAAGACAAAACCAACAUCAGCAUUCCUUCAGAUACGCCAGUCAUGCUGCAGGCCCAAAUCAAUGCUAUGCAAAUCAGCAAUAAACUCUACCAGAAAGAUUGGGACGAGGCCAAGCAGAAAGGCUACGACAUACGAGCGGAUGCCAUUGAAAUCAAACACGCCAAAGCCUCCAGAGAAAUUGCCAGUGAGUACAAAUACAAAGAAGGCUACCGUAAGCAGCUGGGACACCACGUGGGUUUCCGCAGCCUGCAAGAUGACCCCAAGCUGGUGUGGUCUAUACAUGCUGCCAAGAUCCAGAGUGACAGAGAAUACAAGAAGGCCUAUGAGAAGUCUAAGUCCAUUUACAAUACACCAUUGGACAUGAUGUCAAUUGUUCAAGCCAAGAAAUGCCAGGUCCUGGUUAGCGACGUUGAUUAUCGCAAUUAUCUGCACCAGUGGACGUGUCUGCCAGAUCAGAAUGAUGUGAUCCAGGCUAAGAAAGCCUACGAACUACAGAGCGAUAAUGUAUACAAAUCGGACCUGGAGUGGAUGAAGGGUAUUGGAUGGUUGACAGAGGGUUCUGUGGAUGUGAUGAGAGUGAAGAAUGCCCAGAAUCUCCUGAAUGAAAGGCUGUACCGUACAAAGCCUGAGGCUCUCAAAUUCACCAGCAUUGUUGAUACCCCGGAAAUGAUCCAGGCAAAAAUCAAUGCUGUACAGAUCAGUGAGCCAUUGUACCGCGAUGCCUGGGACAAAGAGAAGGCUAAUGUGAAUGUGCCAGCUGACACUCCGCUGAUGCUGCAGUCCAAACUCAAUGCUAUACAGAUCAGCAAUAAACACUACCAGCAAGCUUGGGAAGACAUGAAGAUGACUGGUUACGACUUGCGAGCAGAUGCCAUUGGGAUCCAGCAUGCCAAGGCCUCGAGGGAUAUUGCCAGUGAUUAUCUGUACAAAACUACUUAUGAGAAACAGAAAGGCCAUUACAUCGGAUGUCGCAGUGCCAAGGAAGACCCUAAACUGGUUUGGGCUGCAAAGGUGUUGAAGAUGCAGAAUGACAGGCUGUACAAAAAGACCUACAAUGACCACAAGGCCAAGAUCACCAUCCCAGCAGACAUGGUGUCCAUCAAUGCUGCCAAAGAAGGCCAGGCAUUAGCAAGCAAUGUGGACUAUCGCCAGUACCUGCACCAGUGGUCCUGCUUCCCUGACCAGAAUGACAUUAUCCAAGCAAGGAAGGCCUACGACCUGCAGAGCGAUGCCAUCUAUAAGGCUGACUUGGAGUGGUUGCGUGGCAUUGGCUGGAUGCCUGAAGGCUCCCCUGAAGUGCUGAGAGUCAAAAACGCCCAGGAGAUCCUGAGUGACAAUGUGUACCGGACACCUGUGGUGAAUCUCAAGUACACCAGCAUUGUCGACACACCUGAAGUUGUCCUUGCUAAAUCCAAUGCUGAAAACAUUAGCAUUCCAAAGUACAGAGAAGUUUGGGACAAAGAUAAAACUUCAAUCCACAUAAUGCCAGAUACUCCAGAAAUUAAUCUCGCCAGAGCAAACGCUCUUAACGUGAGCAAUAAAAUUUACCGUGAGGGUUGGGAUGAAAUGAAGAUGAGCUGUGAUGUGCGCCUGGACGCCAUCCCUAUCCAGGCUGCCAAGGCCUCCAGGGAGAUUGCCAGUGACUAUAAAUACAAGCUUGACCACGAGAAGCAGAAGGGACACUACGUAGGCACCCUCACAGCCAGGGAUGACAACAAGAUCCGGUGGGCCCUCAUAGCUGGCAAGCUUCAGAAUGAAAGAGAGUACAAGAUGCACUGGGCCAAAUGGAAGAGCAAGUUCCAAAGUCCUGCGGACAUGCUCUCCAUCUUGCAUUCUAAACAAAGCCAGACCCUGGUCAGCGACGUUGAUUACCGCAAUUACCUGCACCAGUGGACCUGCAUGCCCGACCAGAAUGACGUGAUUCAGGCCAAGAAAGCCUACGAACUGCAAAGCGAUGCUGUCUACAAGGCUGACUUGGAGUGGUUACGUGGAAUUGGGUGGAUGCCCAGUGAUUCUGUGUCUGUCAAUCAUGCUAAACAUGCUGCGGAUAUCUUCAGUGAGAAAAAGUAUCGCACAAAAAUAGAAACGCUCAACUUUACCCCGGUGGAUGACAGAGUUGAUUAUGUGACAGCGAAACAGAGUGGUGAGAUCCUUGAUGAUAUUAAAUACCGGAAAGACUGGAAUAGCAUCAAAUCCAAGUACACCCUCACAGAAACCCCACUGCUGCACACCGUCCAGGAGGCUGCGCGGAUACUGGACCAGUACCUCUACAAGGAAAGCUGGGAGAAACAGAAAGCCACAGGUUACAUCUUGCCUCCAGACGCUGUGCCAUUUGUUCAUGCCCAUCACUCCAGCGAUGUUCAGAGUGAGCUGAAAUACAAAGCUGAACAUGUGAAGCAAAGGGGUCACUAUGUUGGUGUUCCAACGAUGAGAGAUGAUCCCAAACUGGUGUGGUUUGAGCAUGCAGGACAGAUUCAGAACGACAGGCUUUACAAAGAGGAUUAUCACAAAACAAAGGCCAAAAUCAAUAUACCUGCUGAUAUGGUGUCAGUUGUGGCUGCCAAGGAGGGGCAGAACCUUGUCAGUGAUAUUGAUUACCGUAAUUACCUGCACCAAUGGACGUGUCAUCCCGACCAAAAUGAUGUGAUUCAGGCAAGGAAGGCCUAUGACCUACAGAGCGACAAUGUCUACAAAGCUGACCUGGAGUGGCUCCGAGGCAUUGGGUGGAUCCCCCUGGAUUCUGUGGACCAUGUACGGGUUACGAAGAACCAGGAAAUGGUGAAUCAGAUAAAAUAUAAGAAAGAUGCUCUUGACAACUACCCUAACUUUACAAGUGUGGUGGAUCCUCCUGCGAUUGUUCUGGCCAAGAUUAAUGCCGUCAACCAGAGUGAUGUAAAAUACAAAGAAACAUUUAAUAAAGCCAAGGGCAAGUAUACAUUUUCUCCAGAUACACCACAUAUCUCCCACUCCAAAGACAUGGGAAAACUCUACAGCACUAUACUGUAUAAGGGGGCAUGGGAGGGAACCAAGGCCUAUGGCUACACCCUGGAUGAGCGCUAUAUUCCCAUCGUUGGAGCUAAGCAUGCUGAUUUUGUGAACAGUGAGCUUAAAUACAAAGAGACAUAUGAGAAGCAGAAAGGUCACUACCUGGCUGGAAAAGUGAUCAGUGAGUUCCCUGGCGUGGUCCAUUGCCUGGAUUUCCAAAAAAUGAGGAGCGUGUUGAACUACAGAAGAGAUUAUGAAAACACCAAAGCAAAUGUUCACAUCCCCAACGAUAUGAUGAAUCACGUGUUGGCUAAAAAGUGCCAGUACAUCCUCAGUGACCUGGAGUAUCGACACUACUUUCACCAGUGGACUUCUCUUCCCGAUGAACCCAAAGUGCUACUUGCCCGAAACGCCCAGGAGAUCUUAAGUGAUAAUGUAUAUAAAGAUGACUUGAAUUGGUUGAAAGGCAUCGGCUGCUACGUAUGGGAUACACCCCAGAUCCUCCAUGCCAAGAAAUCAUAUGACCUCCAGAGUCAGCUACAAUACACAGCAGCAGGUAAAGAGAAUCUGCAGAACUACAAUCUGGUCACAGAUACGCCACUUUACGUGACUGCUCUUCAAAGCGGCAUCAACGCCAGUGAGGUGAAAUAUAAAGAAAAUUAUCAUCAGAUCAAGGACAAAUAUACAACAGUUCUUGAAACAGUGGACUACGACAGAACCAGGAAUCUGAAAGAUCUGUAUAGCAGUAACCUGUACAAGGAGGCCUGGAAUAAAGUGAAAGCCACCAGCUACAUCCUGCCAACCAGCACCUUGUCCCUGACGCACGCCAAGAACCAGAAGCACCUGGCCAGCCAUAUCAAAUAUCGGGAGGAAUACGAAAAGUUCAAAGCUCUUUAUACUUUACCAAAAAGUGUUGAAGAUGAUCCAAACACAGCCCGGUGCCUCCGAGUUGGCAAGCUUAACAUUGAUCGCCUCUACAGAUCAGUUUAUGAAAAGAACAAGAUGAAAAUCCACAUUGUGCCUGACAUGGUAGAGAUGGUGACUGCCAAGGAUACUCAGAAGAAAGUCAGUGAGAUUGAUUACCGUCUGCACCUCCACGAGUGGAUCUGCCAUCCCGACUUGCAAGUCAACAGUCACGUCAGGAAGGUCACAGACCAGAUCAGCGAUAUCGUGUACAAGGAUGACCUCAACUGGCUGAAAGGCAUUGGUUGCUAUGUCUGGGAUACUCCUGAAAUUCUCCAUGCCAAACACGCUUAUGACCUACGCAAUGAUAUCAAGUACAAAGCUCACAUGAUGAAAACAAGGAACGACUACAAGCUGGUCACAGAUACACCGGUCUACGUGCAGGCUGUCAAGAGUGGGAAGCAGCUAAGUGAUGCUGUCUACCACCACGAUUACGUGCACAGUGUCAGAGGCAAAGUGGCGCCAACCACCAAAACCGUGGAUCUGGAGCGGGCCCUUCAUGCAUACAAGCUCCAGAGUGAGAAUCUAUACAAAACCAGCCUUCGCACCCUGCCCACUGGAUAUCGGCUUCCCGGAGAUACUCCUCAUUUCAAGCACAACAAGGACAUCCGAUACAUGAGCAGUUAUUUUAAGUACAAAGAAGUUUAUGAGCACAUCAAGGCGAACGGGUACACUCUGGGCCCCAAUGAUGUUCCAUUUGUCAACGUCCGAAGAGUCAACAAAGUCACCAGUGAGAGACUGUACCGAGAAUUGUACCACAAACUCAAAGACAAGAUUCACACAACGCCUGACACUCCUGAAAUUCGCCAAGUCAAAAAGACACAGGAAGCUGUCAGUGAGCUGAUCUACAAAUCAGACUUCUUCAAGAUGCAGGGCCACAUGAUCUCCCUGCCGUACACACCGCACGUGCUCCAUUGCCGCUACGUGGGAGACAUCACCAGUGAUAUUAAAUACAAAGAGGACUUGCAGAUCCUGAAGGGACUUGGCUGCUUCUUGUACGACACUCCUGACAUGGUCCGCUCCCGGCACCUGCGGAAGCUCUGGUCUAACUACCUGUACACUGACAAUGCCAGGAAGAUGCGGGACAAAUACAAAGUGGUACUUGACACCCCAGAAUACAGAAAAGUGCAGGAGCUGAAGACUCACCUGAGUGAGCUCGUGUACAGAGCUUCCGGCCGGAAGCAGAAGUCCAUCUUCACUUCAGUUCCUGAUACUCCUGAUCUUUUAAGAGCCAAACGAGGACAGAAGCUUCAGAGUCAGUAUCUGUAUGUUGAACUUGCCACCAAAGAAAGACCCCAUCAUCAUGCUGGAAAUCAGACCACAGCCUUAAAGCAUGCUAGAGAUGUGAAGGACAUGGUGAGCGAGAAAAAGUACAAGGUUCAAUAUGAAAAGAUGAAGGACAAGUACACCCCAAUUCCAGAUACACCAAUCCUCAUCAGAGCCAAGAAUGCCUACUGGAAUGCCAGUGAUCUACGCUACAAAGAAACAUUUCAAAAGACCAAAGGGAAGUACCACACUGUGAAGGAUGCUCUGGACAUUGUUUAUCAUCGCAAAGUCACAGAUGACAUCAGUAAAGUGAAAUACAAGGAGAACUACAUGAGACAUUUGGGAAUCUGGAGGUCUAUUCCCGAUCGCCCAGAACAUUUCCACCACCGGGCAGUCACGGAUGCCGUCAGUGAUAUAAAAUAUAAAGAAGAUUUGACCUGGCUGAAAGGUAUUGGUUGCUAUGCUUACGAUACACCUGACUUCACUCUGGCUGAAAAGAACAAGACUCUGUACAGCAAGUAUAAAUAUAAAGAGGUAUUUGAAAGGACAAAGUCAGAUUUCAAGUAUGUCGCCGACUGUCCAAUCAAUAGACAUUUCAAGUAUGCAACUCAGUUGAUGAAUGAGAAAAAAUACAGAGCUGACUAUGAGCAGCGGAAAGAUAAAUACCAGCUGGUAGUCGAUGAGCCUAGACAUCUGUUGGCUAAGACUGCAGGCGACCAGAUCAGUCAGAGAAAAUAUAAAUCUAGUGCCAAGAUGCUUCUGAAACAAGGAUGUAAUGAAAUUCUGCGUCCAGAUAUGUUGACUGCUCUCUACAAUACUCACAUGUGGAGUCAGAUCAAAUACAGGAAACAAUAUGAAAAAUCAAAGGACAAAUUCACCUCAAUUGUGGAUACUCCAGAACACCUGCGUACCACAAAAGUCAACAAACAGAUCAGUGAUAUACUUUAUAAGCUGGAAUACAACAAGGCCAAACCCCGAGGCUACACCACAAUCCACGACACGCCCAUGCUGCUGCACGUCCGCAAAGUCAAAGAUGAAGUCAGCGACCUGAAAUACAAGGAAGUUUACCAAAGAAAUAAAUCUAACUGCACGAUUAAGCCAGAUGCUGUUCAUAUCAAGGCAGCCAAGGACGCCUACAAAGUCAACACCAAUCUGGACUACAAAAAGCAGUAUGAAGCCAACAAAGCCCACUGGAGGUGGACCCCUGACCGACCGGACUUCAUCCAGGCUGCCAAGUCAUCCCUGCAGCAAAGCGAUUUUGAAUAUAAGCUCGACCGGGAGUUCCUCAAGGGCUGCAAGCUCUCUGUCACUGAUGACAAAGACAUGGUGCUGGCUCUCAAGAAUUCUUUAAUAGAAAGUGACUUGAAAUACAAAGAGAAACAUGUCAAGGAAAGAGGAAGCUGUCACGCUGUGCCCGACACCCCUCAGAUCCUCCUGGCAAAGACCGUCAGCAACCUGGUGUCCGAGAACAAGUACAAGGACCAUGUCAAGAAGCAUUUGGCCCAGGGCUCGUACACAACACUUCCAGAGACCCGGGAUACCGUUCACGUCAAGAAAGUGACCAAGCAUGUCAGUGAUACCAAUUACAAAAAGAAGUUUGUCAAGGAGAAAGGGAAAUCCAACUACUCCAUCAUGCAGGAGCCACCAGAAGUGAAACACGCUAUGGAAGUGGCUAAGAAACAGAGUGACGUUGCUUACAAGAAGGACGCCAAAGAGAGCCUGCAUUACACCACAGUGGCCGAUCGGCCAGACAUCAAGAAGGCCACACAGGCAGCCAAACAGGCCAGCGAGGUGGAGUACAGAGCCAAGUACCGCAAGGAAGGCAGCCAUGGGCUAAGCAUGCUGGGGCGCCCAGACAUUGAAAUGGCCAAGAAGGCAGCCAGGCUGAGCAGCCAGGUUAAAUAUCGAGAAAAUUUCGACAAAGAGAAGGGAAAGACGCCAAAAUACAAUCCAAAAGACAGCCAGCUCUACAAAACCAUGAAAGAUGCUAAUAAUCUUGCAAGUGAGGUUAAGUACAAGGCUGACCUGAAGAAACUGCACAAACCUGUGACUGACAUGAAGGAGUCUCUGAUAAUGCACCACGUGCUGAACACAAGCCAGCUCGCCAGUUCUUACCAGUACAAGAAGAACUAUGAGAAGAGUAAAGGCCACUACCACACAAUCCCUGAUAAUCUGGAGCAGCUUCACCUAAAAGAGGCUACAGAAUUACAGAGCAUAGUGAAAUACAAAGAAAAGUAUGAAAAGGAACGGGGAAAGCCCAUGCUGGACUUUGAAACACCAACAUACAUCACUGCCAAGGAGUCUCAGCAGAUGCAGAGUGGGAAAGAAUAUAGGAAAGAGUAUGAAGAGUCCAUUAAAGGCAGAAACCUGACGGGCCUGGAGGUCACGCCUGCUUUAUUACAUGUCAAAUAUGCAACCAAAAUAGCCAGCGAGAAAGAAUACAGGAGAGAUCUAGAGGAGAGCAUCCGUGGGAAGGGGCUCACUGAAAUGGAAGAUACACCUGACAUGCUGAGAGCAAAGAAUGCCACCCAGAUCCUCAAUGAGAAAGAAUAUAAGAGAGACCUGGAGCUGGAAGUCAAAGGAAGAGGCCUGAAUGCCAUGGCCAAUGAAACUCCAGAUUUUAUGAGGGCCAGGAAUGCUACUGAUAUUGCCAGCCAGAUUAAGUACAAGCAAUCAGCAGAAAUGGAAAAAGCCAAUUUCACUUCUGUGGUUGACACUCCCGAGAUCAUUCACGCCCAGCAAGUCAAGAACCUUUCAAGCCAGAAAAAGUACAAGGAAGAUGCUGAGAAGUGCAUGUCAUAUUAUGAGACUGUGUUGGACACUCCAGAAAUGCAGAGAGUCCGGGAGAACCAGAAGAACUUCAGCCUUCUGCAAUACCAGUGUGACCUUAAAAACAGUAAAGGAAAAAUUACAGUUGUUCAAGACACGCCAGAAAUACUGCGUGUUAAAGAAAAUCAAAAGAAUUUCAGCUCGGUUUUAUAUAAAGAGGAUGUCUCACCUGGAACAGCAAUUGGAAAGACACCGGAGAUGAUGAGAGUGAAGCAAACCCAGGACCACAUUAGCUCGGUGAAGUAUAAGGAAGCAAUUGGACAAGGAACUCCAAUCCCUGACCUGCCUGAAGUGAAACGUGUCAAGGAGACUCAGAAGCACAUUAGCUCGGUUAUGUACAAAGAAAACUUGGGAACAGGCAUUCCAACCACUGUCACUCCAGAGAUUGAGAGAGUCAAACGCAAUCAAGAGAACUUUAGCUCGGUUUUGUACAAAGAAAAUCUGGGGAAAGGAACCCCAACAGCUAUCACUCCAGAGAUGGAGAGAGUCAAACGCAAUCAAGAGAACUUUAGCUCGAUAUUGUACAAAGAGAACUUGAGCAAGGGGACACCCCUACCUGUGACUCCUGAGAUGGAGCGAGUCAAACGCAAUCAAGAAAACUUUAGCUCGGUGUUGUAUAAAGAAAACCUUGGAAAAGGAAUUCCAAUCCCCAUCACUCCAGAGAUGGAGAGAGUCAAACACAAUCAAGAAAACUUUAGCUCGGUGCUAUACAAGGAAAACCUGGGGACAGGAAUUCCAGUGCCCAUCACUCCAGAGAUGGAGAGAGUCAAACACAAUCAAGAAAACAUUAGCUCGGUGCUAUACAGAGAAAACAUGGGCAAGGGGACCCCUUUACCUGUCACUCCUGAGAUGGAGAGAGUCAAACACAAUCAAGAAAACAUUAGCUCGGUGCUAUACAGAGAAAACAUGGGCAAGGGGACCCCUUUACCUGUCACUCCUGAGAUGGAGAGAGUCAGACACAAUCAAGAAAACAUUAGCUCGGUGCUAUACAGAGAAAACAUGGGCAAGGGGACCCCUUUACCUGUCACUCCUGAGAUGGAGAGAGUCAAACACAAUCAAGAAAACAUUAGCUCGGUCUUGUACAAAGAAAAUGUGGGGAAAGGCACCCCAACCCCUGUCACUCCAGAGAUGCAGAGAGUCAAACGCAAUCAAGAAAACAUUAGCUCGGUGUUAUACAAAGAAAACCUGGGGAAGGCAACCCCCACACCCUUUACUCCUGAGAUGGAAAGAGUCAAACGCAACCAAGAAAACUUUAGCUCGGUAUUGUACAAAGAGAAUAUGAGAAAAGCAACUCCGACACCUGUUACUCCCGAGAUGGAGAGAGCUAAGCGCAACCAAGAAAAUAUUAGCUCGGUUCUUUAUUCUGAUAGCUUCCGGAAACAAAUACAAGGUAAAGCAGCCUAUGUGUUGGAUACUCCAGAGAUGAGACGGGUGAGGGAAACCCAACGGCACAUCUCAACCGUGAAAUAUCAUGAAGACUUUGAGAAACACAAGGGUUGUUUCACACCAGUUGUGACUGAUCCUAUCACUGAGAGAGUAAAAAAGAAUAUGCAGGACUUCAGUGACAUCAACUACCGAGGUAUUCAGAGGAAAGUGGUAGAAAUGGAACAAAAACGAAAUGACCAGGACCAGGAGACUGUUACAGGUUUACGUGUCUGGCGUACUAAUCCUGGCUCAGUUUUUGACUACGAUCCAGCAGAAGACAACAUUCAGUCCCGCAGUUUACACAUGAUUAAUGUCCAAGCUCAGCGCCGGAGCCGGGAACAGUCGCGAUCUGCCAGUGCACUGAGCAUCAGUGGGGGUGAAGAGAAGUCUGAGCAUUCAGAAGGUGCAGACCAUCGCCUCUCCACCUACAGCGACGGGGGCAUCUUCUUGUCCACAGCCUCAGCAGCUUACAAACAUGUAAAAACCACAGAGCUCCCACAACAGCGAUCAUCUUCAGUUGCUACCCAACAGACGACAUUAUCCUCUAUCCCAUCCCAUCCAUCUACUGCCGGGAAAAUCUUCCGUGCCAUGUAUGAUUACAUGGCUGCUGACGCAGACGAGGUGUCCUUCAAAGAUGGAGACGCUAUCGUCAAUGUUCAAGCUAUCGACGAAGGCUGGAUGUAUGGCACAGUACAGAGGACUGGCAGGACCGGCAUGCUCCCAGCCAACUACGUUGAAGCUAUUUAGUACUUACAAGUAUUACACCUGUCUGCAGGACUUAAGAUUCCGCAGUCAGUACUUCAGUUUAGACUUUCCACUAUUACCCAUAUUUCUCAAGCUGCCCAAAUUUUUGUCAACCUACUUACAAUUGUACCAUCCCUUAAUUUAUGACUAUAUGGGUGUCAGUAAUUCUCCUGUAAAACAAAUGUCAUUAUCAGUUAAACUAAAUCACUUCUUCACUUUCUGAAACUGCAUAUGAAAUCAGACAUUAAACCUAUAUAAUCUGUAAAAGCUGCCAUUAUCAAUAUCUCCUUUGGGUUUUAAUGUUUAACUUCAGAACAGACAUUUUAAAAGCUUUACAAUAUUGUAUCAUGAUGACAUCAACUCGGAGUCUUUAUAUAAAAAUAUUUAAUGUUCUAAAAUAAGGAUACUGAACAUGUUUGGCACAUUCUUUGCUUACUGAAUGCUACUGCUUUUAUUUGUAAUCCAGUUCUAAAGUUAUAGAGCCAAUAGAAAAAACUCAUAAUAAGCUGGCAACUAAUAAAAACCUUUAAUUCUGCAAUAAACAUGGUUGAACUUUUUCAAUGAUUUUAGCAAAUUUCUCACACUAAAUUGUGAAAUCUUUAAAAUGCAUUUUUAAAAAUGCAGUAAAAAUUUUAAAGACUCCAUCCAUAAUUUUGUUCACCUAGCUAGCCUGCAGUUUAAGAAACAGCCAUGGGAUCCAGUUCUAACCUGAUUUCCUCCAUUUAUAUCCAGUAGGCUGGUAGUAUGUGGUGACAGCAUUAAAAGGGCAAGGGGUAAAGACAACCAGUAAUGGUUUUCUGCUCGUUAUUUUAAAGCUGUAAUAGUUAGUGUCGGUGCUGCUCUAUCCAAGUUUCUCAAUGUACUUGAGACUCACAGGGAGCGACUGCUCUAGCAAAGGGAUACACCUAAUAUGCACAGCUCUGUGUUAAAUGCUAAUCCUAAGUGAUGAACAAGAGAAACAAUGUUUUUACAGAACUUAGUGUUCAAAGAAAAACCAGACUAUGCCCAAGCAUUCUGAUGGUGGGAGAGAUGGCUGCUUCACCAUUCCCAAAUCUUCAAUUUUUAAACUGGAUAGAAAUUCAAAUUCAGCCAGGCAACAAUCUCACCCAACAGAACUUUGGGAACACCCUAACGUUUAUGCUGAUGAGUUCAAUGGAUUGAUUUAGCUUUAAAAUUUGUCUUUAUAUAUCUACCAAAGCACAUUUUGCAGUUGCUAUCAUGAAGGAAAACACUUUAAUUCUAGAUUUUUGAAAAAAGCAUGGAAAUCUUUCCUUCUGUAUACCAAAGUAGAGGAUCCUCCUAUACUCACCAACCUGCCUCAAAAAUGACCAAACUGUUCACCUUGUAUGCUCCCCACUGUAAGGACCUCCUUCCUUUCAAUGUGCACCUCAAAGAGCUCUUAAUACAUUAGCUUUAACAUACCUUAAAAACUGUCAAUAAACAUGGCAGUUGUAUCUUCCUAUUUCUCUAGCAAACUGCUUGGACCCAUGCCGUCAUGGUGGUGGUACCGUGGCAAACAGUAUGCAUCUCCACUGCCAGAGACUCACAGGACUUUAAGGCCGCCAAGAUCAAACCUGACAUACAAUCUUUAAUUAUGAAGGGUUAAAAUGUCUGUAGGUUAGACCCAAGCCAAAACUCACAACAUUCUGUUACAGGUUAGAUCUUGCCCCAGUGUUUCAGAAGGUGAUCUCAUUUGGAAAUAGGGUCAUCACAAAUGUCAUCAAGAUUAAGGUCAUUAGGGUGUGCCCUAAUCCAAGGCACAUAUGGUAUCCUUAUACUCAGACACACAUGUGCACAGGGAGAAAGCCAAUUGAGGAUGGAGGCAAAGACUGGGACAGAGCUUCUACAUGCCACAAAUGCCAAAAGUUACCAAUGAACAGCCAUAAAACAAGAAAGAAAAGCAGAAACACAUGCUUUCUAUGGCUACAAGCAAACAACCUUGCCAACAUUCCGAGUUCUAGCACCCAGUCACUGUGGCACUUUAUUACAGCAGCCCCAGCCAACUAGCACAUACCUUUCAGUAUCAUUCUUUAUUUCCUUUUCUUACAAGUAUAGAUUUACAGAUCUGUAGAACCAGGUAAAGAAGGAAUCUAAUGAAUCUAUCAGAGAGCUAUUCUUAAAAAGACAAACAAUAUGAAUGGCUCCUAUUCAUGUGGAGGGGGAAGGGAUACAAUGUUCAUUUUUACUUGUGUUAUAACUCCUUUCAUGUCUCACUAAAAUAAACAUAAAACAAGGAAAAACAUCAAAAUGAAGCAAAAAAGGGAGCAGGAAGUUAGUUUUAUAGUUUUAUUUCAGGUAAAAGUGCAUUUCUGUAAAAAUGUUUCAACAUCCAGUUAACAGUCAAGUGGCAACAAUCAACUUUUAAUGAAAGAUUCUCCCUCCCUUAACAGUGAUAAUGAACCAGAAAUAGUGUGGGACUAUCUGCUUUAAACACGGUAUAAAGCACUGCACACUCAAAACAGACCACACCCAUACUUCCCACCCUCUAGUAGAGUUAACUUAUGGAUCAAUCAGUGGUUGUUGCUUCAACUUAAUCAUUUGAAAGACAUAUCAAAUAUAAAUACUUUGUGAAUGCAAAACUAAGCUUUUUAGAGUUUACCAAGUGAUGGAGACAAAAAUACUACAGCAACUGACUUGUUUUCUGUCACUCUUUUUCUAAGUGCAUUAUCAAGGCUAUGCACACAGGAGGUAGUGUUUAAGAUAUGCUGAAAGCAACUGACAACUCAACAACCUAGAAUACAAACUACUAUACCCCAAUUUACUUCACAAGUAUGAUUUAAGAUCUCAGUGCCAAACACCUCUCCAAUAGCUCUGUCAAACCACUGAGAUUUCUUUUAAGACCAUAGCAAAAACGUUAAUUACACUGAAAAUUAUGAGGAAAAAACACUAAGAUGUACUAAUACCUCCUAGUUUGCCUGUAUUUGCACAACACUAAGACACAAAUAUAAUCAGGGGAACCCUCUCUAUAAAUGAAACCUAAACAGGGUUUAUAGAAAUAAAAGAAUCAAGACCUGAUUCUGCCAAUGAAAGCCAAAUAAUCAAAUUGAUAGCACACCACUGACAAACUCUGUAAAGUGACAAAUACUUUAGGCCUUGCGGGGUAGUCUGUCAGACUAAUCAAUUCUGCCACUAUACCAGGAAGACGGCCAAAAACAAUGCAAACAAGCGUGACAGUGCUCAAAAAAAAUGACUUCUGGCCGGCGCCGUGGCUCAAUAGGCUAAUCCUCCACCAUGCGGCGCCGGCACACCGGGUUCUAGUCCCGGUUGGGGCGCCGGAUUCUGUCCCGGUUGCCCCUCUUCCAGGCCAGCUCUCUGCUAUGGCCAGGGAGUGCAGUGGAGGAUGGCCCAGGUGCUUGGGCCCUGCACCCCAUGGGAGACCAGGAAAAGCACCUGGAUCCUGGCUCCUGCCAUCAGAUCAGCGCGGUGCGCCGGCUGCAGCGGCGGCCAUUGGAGGGUGAACCAACGGCAAAAGGAAGACCUUCUCUCUCUGUCUCUCUCUCACACUGUCCACUCUGCCUGUCAAAAAAAAAAAAGACUUCUGAACACUUCAAUGUUAAUUUUACCUAUUUUCACCUGUCUCUAAACAAGUCUUUCUUUUCUCACUGCUUCAAAUCUGUAAAAAGUCUUAGUUCACUGACAUUUUAAAAAACAAAUGUUCAGCUUUAAUUUAUUGACCCUUGCUCUACAAAUCACUGUCACCCUUUGGUUUCUACAUUCAGAACUGAUUCUAUUCUUCAUUCCAAACUUCUUUUAGAUGCUGCACAUUCUAUAAAUUUAAGUUACUAAAGUAUAUUUCAUAACACCUUCAUUUUGAAGGUAGUGAACUUCCAAGUCAUUUGCCAUUAACCCAUUUAGUAAGUACAAAGCUUUUUGUUGGAAAAAAGUAUUUUGCUCUUGGUAGGAGGCAGAAUAUUAAAUUAAUGCACAUUUUAGAUAACCACUCAAGGUAUUCAUAAACAUCAACUGUGGUACUUUGCUAUACAUUUGCACUAGCUCUUGCGACCACUGGCUGCCAACUAUUACCAAUGUUAAGAUUGCUUGUCCCUAUACUAAAUGGCAUAAUUGCACUAUUACAUUUUCGGCUCAUUCUGCCUCUGCCUUUGUUAAUCUGCAGUGCAACACAAAGUUCUAUUUAUUUGAAAGACAGUGUGACACGGAGGGAAAGACAGAAGAAAAGGGACCUUCCAUCUGUUUUCACUUGCCAAAUGUCGGCCAACAGACAUUACCUGGGCUAUGCCAAGCCAUAACCAAUAACUCACAUCCCUCAGAAUACCUGGGAUUCCUACCCAGCUCUGGCUCCUGUGUGCAGCUUCCUGAUAUUACAGACCCUGGGAAGCAGUGGUGAUGGUUCAAGUAGUUAGGUUUCUGCCACACAUGGGAGGCCUGGAUUGAAAUUAUCAGCUCUUGGCUCCGGUCAUAGUCCAGACCUGACAUUUACAGGAUUUUGGGGAGUGAACCAGUGAAUGGGAUCUGUAAGUCUUCAAAAUAAAAAUUUAAAAGUCGAAAAGUUCAAAAAGGCAAUAUUGUACCCUUUUCUUAACAUUUUGAUUUUUAAUCUGAAGACUUUGAGACCAAUUUGUAUCCCCAGUGAUAAUUUGAAAAAUGUAGGGGCUGGCAUUGUGACAUAGUAGGCUAAGCCUCUGCCUGCGGCACUGGCAUCCCAUAUGGGCGCUGGUUCUAGUCCUGGCUGCUCCACGUCCAAUCCAGCUCUCUGUUAUGGCCUGGGAAAACAGUGGACGAUGGCCCAAGUGCUUGGGCCCCUGCACCCACACAGGAGGUCUGGAGGAAGCUCCUGGCUUCAGUUCAGCCCAGCUCUUGCUCCCCAAAUGCCUGCAGUGGCCCAACAGUGGAUCAAAGAUCUGUCUGUAACUCUCAAGUUAAUCAAUAAAAUCUUGGGCAAAAAAUAAAAAGUGUAAGAAGCAUAGCUCUCAUCUUCUGUACCAUAACUUUAAAGACUAAAACUCCCUGGAUUAUUUUAGGCCUAUCAACUGCAACUCUGUACUAAACCUCUGCAAGUUGACUAGAAAAGUAGACUUUCAGGUCCCAUCACAGAACCACUGAAUCAUAACCGGCAUUCUUAUACUUAUUCAAGCUGGAGAAGCACUGUUAAAAAUUCACACUAACAUUUGUGUAUCAAGUAUAACAUAGGGACAAAUAAAAUAACAGGAACAAAACGAACUUCAGUUGGGGUAUCAAGCAGAUGAGCCAUAUAUACCAACAGCUGUAUUUACAGUCUCCUAGCCCUAGCAUAUUAUAACUUCUUUACCAAAACAAACAACCCCCCCCCCCCAAAAUUUAUGUAACUCCAUUUUUUAAUUUAUUUGACAGGCAGAGUUACAGACAGAGACAGAAAGGUCUUUCUUCCGUUGGUUCACUCCCCAAAAUGGCCACCACGGCCAGUGCGGCACCGAUCUGAAGCGAGGAACCAGGUGCUUCCUCCUGGUCUCCCAUGCAGGUGCAGGGCCCAAGCACUUGGGUCAUCCUCCACUGCACUCCCUGGCCACAGCAGAGAGCUGGACUGGAAGAGGAGCAGCCGGCACUAGAACCUGGCGCCUAUAUGGGAUGCCGGCACUGCAGGCGGAGGAUUAACCAAGUGAGCCACAGCGCUGGCCCUAUAACCUCAACAUUUGAACUCCAAUUUUGUUUCUCACCCUAAUCAUUCUAGACAUUUUUGAUUCUUAAAAUACGCAAUAGAAGCCCUAUACAUAUUCAGGGUAUGGUUAAAAAAACCAAAAGAAUUAAAAAAAUAAAGAAUUCAUAUCCAUAGGCAAUGUAACUACAUUGAUCAAUGUUCAGCUUUAAAUUCUACUUUUUAAAAAUUUAUUUCAAAGAGCUAGAGAGAUCUUCCACACGUUUCACUCCACAGAUGGCCCUAAGGGCCAGGGUUGAGCAAGGCAGAAGCCAGGAGCUUCCUCUGGGUCUUACACAUGGGUGUUGGGCCAUUUUCCACUGCCUUCCAGGCGCAUUAAUAGCAGGGAGCUGGAUCCAAGUGGAGCAGCCAGGGUACUUACUGGUACCUUGAUGGCAUGUUGGUGUCACAGGUGGCAGCUUUAACUCCUAAAUUCUAUCUUCAACUAUAUUAUUUGGGCCAGCGCUGUGGCGCAGCAGGUUACUGCCUUGGCCUGAAGCACCAGCAUCCCAUAUGGUUGCUGGUUCAAGACCCGACUGCUCCACUUCCGAUCCAGCUCUCUGCUGUGGCCUGGGAAAGCACUGGAAGAUGGCCCAAUCCUUGGGCCCCUGCACCCGUGUGGAAGAUCCGGAAGAAGCUCCUGGCUCUGGAUUGGCACAGUUCCUGCCGUUGUGGCCAACUGGGGAGUGAACCAAAGGAUGGAGGACCUCUCUCUCUGCUUCUCCUCCCUCUGUAUAAUUCUUUCAAAUAAAUAAAUCUUUAAAAAAAAAAA